UCUCGACUCUCAAGACAACGUGAGAGAGAGAGACAGAGAGACAGAGAGAGAAGGCUCUUUGGGUCUCUGACAGAGGGAGACGAUCGAUAGACCGAGAGAGAGGGAGAAGACUCGUUUCGGUGGUCGUCUCCUCAAUCCGGGCUUCAAAUGCGAUCAUUCCUCUGAAACAAAUUGCUCCCUACCGAAACCUUAUCCGCCGUUGAAAGGUUUCCGUUGUCGAGCCGAGGCCGAUUGGUUCCUCGCGGGCAGAGAGCGAGAUCGGGGCCCCCUUCCUUGCAUUCUGUUCAUUGUUCUUCUCCCCCGCCACCGUAUCCGGGAACAAGGAGGUUUCCUGAAGAAGCUGGGAUCGGAUCCAGCGUUUGAUCGGGAGGUGCGCCUCGGAUGAGGACCAUCUAUGUUCCAGUCAUCGCGGAAAACGAUGAAAUGGUCCUCGUUGCCUAAGGACCUUGGGGAGAAGGUCGGGCUCUCCGGUUCCCAGCCGCAGCCUGCCUCCUACCUGUUCCCUUCGCUCUCCCUCGCUGCCGAACAUGGUGGAGCUGCUGGCGCACCCGAGUCGGCCACGGCGUUGGGAUACGGAUCGCCCGUUUCAUCCCCUGCGAGAGGGAAACAUAAACUGGAGUUGGACUUUAAGAAGUUCUGGGUAGAAUUUCGUUCUUCCAGCUCCGAAAAGGUUAGUAGAAGUACACAAGCUUUCUUUUGUUGUUGGAAGAGCCUUUGUGACAGAUGUGGAGAAGUUGAGAAUCUAUAGCAAGGGAAAUUCUCUGAAUGUGACAGACAAAAUAAAAUUAUUUAUUGAAGUUAAGGAUGGGAUCGGCCAUGGUUCUAAUUUGUUGCAUGCAGUAGAAGUUCUUGUAACAGGGGUAUGUUCUUGUUCUUGUUGUAAUUAUAGUAAUAAAAGCAUUCAAGGAUUGUCAAGGGGUCCUAAGUGUAUUCGAAAUUUAUGUGAUGAAUAGCCAAAAUUUGAUGCUAACAUAUUCUGCUUACAGUAUUUAUAAUAGACCUGAACUUUAGAGUAGAGAAUUACAUGAUAUUUUAUUUAAUAUUCCUUUUUGUAACUUGGAUAAAUGCUGCUACUUUUUGAGGAGAAUUUGCUAUGGAAAGUUGCUGCCUGAUUUGAACAAAUAACAAUAUCUCCAAUUCACCAAAGGAAGGUGAAAAACACACAUGAUGAAGUACUGAUUGAGCUGAGUGGCAUGUGUCAGCAAGGGUUAAAUCAUUCUGUUCUAGAGGGGGUGCAGCAACUGGUACAUCAUGGAAUUGCACUGUUAGGAAGGUAAUUGAUAAGCAACCCCUAUUGGAUUCUGGCAUUCUGUGCUGUCUUAUUCAUAUUCUUAGUGUGCUUUUGAAUGCUGAUAAGUCCAAAGGAGAACAAAUGGACACCUUAGAAGAAUCAAAUGAAAGUGAAAACAGGAUGGAUGAUAAAGCUCUUCAAGUGCGGCAGCUUGAGAUAGAGGGAAGUAUAGUGCAUAUUAUGAAGGCAUUAGCAACCCAUCCUUCAGCAGCAGCAAGUUUGAUUGAAGAUGAUUCACUUCAGGUUCUCUUUCAUAUGGUUGCAAAUGGUUCUUUGGCUGUAUUUGUCCAAUUUAAAGAUGGCCUUGUUCCUUUCCAUACCAUUCAACUUCAACGACAUGCC